AUGUAUAUAACUUAUAAAACUUGGUAAGGUACAAAAAUAUUAGGAGUAACUUCUACUUUUGUUGAAUAUUACAGUUUAUCUUGCCCUCAAGGGUAUUUUUAUUCAUUUACUGUUAAAGAUUGUGUUUAGACUUGUGAAAGCUAAACUUAUCCAGAAUAAAACUCAUUAAAUACUAGUCUUUUACCUUCAUGUAAUCCAUGUAAUUCGAGCUGUUUGCAAUGUUCUGGCCCUCUCUCCACUAACUGUAAAAGCUGCCCAUCUUCCCUCCCUUUCUUUAUUGUAUAAAGUAAUUAAUGUCAAUCAGUACAACCAGGUACAGGUUAUAUUUGUUAAUAAAGUUCAGAUUUAACUUUACCUUAUCAAUAAAACUGUUAUUCUUGUGAUUCUACUUGUUUAACUUGUUCAGGUAGUCUCCCAACUAAUUGUCUUAGUUGUUCUUAAUCUUUUCCUUAUUUUGUUACUUCCACUAAUUAGUGCCUUUCAUCUCCGAAUAGCAAUUUCUAAUGCUAGCAAAAUAAUACUACCCCUACUUAUCAAUUAAAUUGUUAAACUUGCAGUCCAAACUGUUAAACUUGUUUUGGUCCUUUAUCUAAUAAUUGUUAAAGCUGCCCUCCUAAUCUACAAUUUUUUAAUACUAAUACAAAUGAAUGUCUUCUUUAAGCUCCAGCUACAGGAUAUUAUUGUUACAAUAGCACUGGUACAUCUCCAUCAUACCAAUAAAAUUGUUAUCCUUGCUAUAUAUCAUGUUUAUAAUGCUCGGGACCACUUUCUACAAAUUGUUUAAGUUGCACUACUUCAUUCCCUUUCUAUAACUUAUCAACUAAUUCUUGUUUACCCUUAGCUCCUAGCUAAGGUUAUUUUUGUCAAUAAAGCUCAAACACAAGUUUAUCUUAUUAAUAAAAUUGCUCACUUUGUGAUUCUACUUGCUUGACUUGUUCAGGAAGUCUCCCUACUAACUGUAUUAGCUGCUCAAGUUCAUUUCCUUAUUUUAAUAUUUAAACAAAUUCUUGUCUUUCAAAAGCUCCAGGCUCAAAUUUUUAUUGCCAGUAAAAUUUAACUAAUCCUACUUAUUAAUUUAAUUGCAAUAUCUGCAACAUAAAUUGUUUGACUUGUUCAGGAUAAUAAUCUAAUAAUUGUUUAAGUUGUCCUUCUACUCUAUCAUUUUUUAAUACUAAAACAAAUGAAUGUCUUCUUUAAGCUCCAGCUAUAGGAUAUUAUUGUUAAAAUAGCAACGGUUCAUACCCAUCAUAUCAAUAAAACUGUUAUCCUUGCGAUCCUAGUUGCUUUUAAUGCUCAGGACCUCUUUCUACAAAUUGUUUAAGUUGCCCUACUUCAUUACCUUUCUAUAAUCUAUCAACUAAUACUUGCAUAGCAUCGGCUCCUAUUUAAGGUUAUUAUUGCCAAUAAAACUCAAACACUAGCUUGUCUUACUAAUAAAAUUGCUCACCUUGCUAUUCGACUUGCCUCAAUUGCUCAGGUAGUCUCCAAAAUAAUUGUUUAAGUUGCACAAGUUAAUUUCCCUAUUUCAACAUUUAAACUAGUUCUUGUCUUUCAAAUAUUCCAAGUUCAAACUUUUAUUGCAUACAAAAUCUAACUAACCCCACUUAUUAGUUUAAUUGUAAUACUUGUCAUAUUAAUUGUUUAAGCUGUACAGGUCAAUUGUCUAAUAAUUGUUUGAGCUGUCCUCCUUCUCUACCAUUUUUUAAUAUCAAAACUAAUGAAUGCCUAGUUUAAGCUCCAGCAUCAGGAUAUUAUUGUUAAAGUAGCUCUAACACAUCGCUAUCAUAUCAAUAGGACUGCUAUCCUUGUGAUUAAAGCUGCUUGUAAUGCUCAGGUCCUAUUUCUACAAAUUGUUUAAGUUGCACUACUAUUUUCCCUUUUUACAACUUAUAAAAUAAUUCUUGCUCUGUUUAAGCACCUAAUUCAGGUUACUUUUGCACAAAAAACUCAAAUAUCAAUUUAUCUUACUAAUAAAAUUGCUAGCCUUGUGAUUCUACUUGCUUAACUUGCUCAGGAACGCUCCCUACUAAUUGUCUCAGCUGCGCUAGUUCUUUUCCUUACUUUAAUACUUAAACUAAUUAAUGUCUUUCCUAAACACCAGGUUUUAAUUUUAAUUGUCAAAAAAACACAAAUUUUCCAAACUAUUAGUUUAAUUGCAAUUCCUGUAAUAGUAAUUGUUUAAGCUGUACAGGACCUUUACCUAAUAAUUGUUUAACUUGUCCAACUUCUCUACCAUAUUUUAAUACAUCCACUAAUGAAUGCUUUUCAUAAAUUCCAAACCAAGGAUAUUUUUGCUAAAAUAGUUCCAGUCCAUAACCAUCAUAUCAACAAAAUUGCUAUAUUUGUGAUAUAAGCUGUCAAAAUUGUAAAGGACCUCUUACUACUGACUGUACAGCAUGCUCGCAGUCAUAUCCUUAUUAUAACACUCUUACAAAUACUUGUAUUUAGUAAGAACCUUCUGGUUUUGCUUGCUAAUAAUCUCCUAGUAACUAUCCUUCAUACUAAUAAAAUUGCUAUCCUUGUAACGAUAAAAAUUGUCUUAUAUGCACAAAUACUUUACCAAACUCCUGCAUACAGUGCUCAUCAAAUACUUAUUUGUAUAAUAAUAGCUGCACAUUAACAAAACCUUCUCCAGCAUUUUGCGAUAACAAUAAUAAUUGCCAAGCUUGCACUAUUUAAUUCUGUCUCAACUGUGAAUAAGGGCCUUAAACUUGUAGUUUAUGCCCUCCUUCAUUUUAUAUAGAUUUAAAUUCAAACUAAUGCAGAUGCCCUUAUGCUACUUAUUUAGAUUCAAGCAAUAAUAAUUUUCAGUGUUUAUCAUGUCCAGCAAAUUGCGCGAUAUGUGUAAAUAGCACAACUUGCUAACAAUGUGCUUCGAAUUCAUCACCAGAUCCUUUAUAUCCAGGAAAUUGUAUUUUGAAUUGUUAGUCAGGAUAAUUUUAUGAUAGAUAAACACAAAGUUGUUAAAAAUGUGUUCCAACUUGCCUUACUUGCUUUGAAUCUAAUAAUAAUUGUUUAUCAUGUAAAACUGGUGCUUAAACUAUAUUUAAUUAAAUAAAUAAUAUAAAUGAAUGCGUUUGUAUAGAUUAAAAAGAUACAUUGAGCGAGUUAACUGGUAUAUGUUAGUAAUGUCCAGAUCCCAUGUGCUAAAAGUGUGACUCUAAUAAUAGAAUUGCAUCUAAUGUCCAUAAGAAAAUUGUUUGGAGUGUUUACCAGAUGGAUCUUAAUGCCUUUAAUGUAAAAGUGGAUUCUUCUUUGACAAUAAAUUAGAAACCUGUAGCUUUUGUAAAUAAGGUAAAUUUACUGAUAAUGAAAAUAAAUGUAGCUAAAAUUGUAUUGAUUAAUGUGAAUUGUGUUCAGAUACAAGUUCAUGUUUUUAAUACUAUUCUAAUGCCACUUUUGUUGGGAACUAAUGCUAUUUUACAUGUAGUAAAUGCACAGGAAGUAAUAGUGAUUAAUGCUUAGAGUGUAGUUCAUCAACUAGGACUCUUGAUCAAUAAACAAAUAGUUUUAGAUUAAACAGGAAUUUUUGCAUGCCACAAUGCUAAAUUCAACUAUUUUAAUAUUCUUGAUAGUUAAAUUUUAGUAUUUAGCUAAGACAUUCCUCAAACCAAAGACUCAUCUAAUAAUUUAAGUAUUUUGGUUUUUUUUGGUUAUGCCUUUUUAUCAUAUUUAUUUAUUGCUCUAGGAUAUUUAUAUUUUAAAAUCGUUGAUAAUAAGUGUUUGAAUUUGAGAAAUUCUCAUAGGAGCUUAGUUAUAAAAUAUUUCUUGAAUUGGAAUUUAUUCAUAAAAGUGAAUAGAAUAUCAAGUAAUAUGAUAUUGAUGUACACAAUUAAUAAUUUAGAAAUGUUUAAAUAAUUAAACCUUUACUCUGUAUGCACUAUAGUUUAUGGUAUAUUAUAUCUAAUAUUUAUUUUGCUUGAAGUAUAUGUAGUAAAGACCGUCCCUAGUAAUCAACAAUUAAAGUUUUUAACAGAUAACUUAAAUACUAAUUCCAAGGCAAGUUUGAUGUUUUGGUUAAUAGCAGAAUUAAAGAAAAUAGCUUUUUGCUUAGCCUUUUUACUAAGCUAAAGUUACUUUUUAUGGGCAUAAUUUUCUACUUGUACCUUUAUUCUAAUAACAUUAUCACUAAGCAAGCCUUAUAAUAAUAAAAGAAGAGAUUUGUAUUAUCAUCUCCUUAUUAUUAGUAAGUUAAAUAGCUUUGGCAGCAUUUAAUUGUUUGAUUAUUAUUGA